AUGGCGCUCACGACCUUCUCCUGGUGUCUCGGUGCAGCUCUGGCGCUGGUUUGGGGCUCCUCGUGGCCCCAGGUGCACUCAGCUCUGGCACCCGAGAAUGAAGUGCCGCUUCGCCCGACUACGUGGUUACCGGAGGGAAAGAUCACCUCUGUAACGCUCCCUAAAGGACGAACCCGCAGGUUGUACUUCACGCUGAAGAAGAAAGCCCUGGCCAUGUCGGUGACCGUGGGCCCCUGCGACCUCCCCAUCGAGUGGAGCUUGGCCGCUCGCACCCUGAAGGACAAACCGCUCAAAAGCCUGCAGUGGAGCACCAAAAAGAGCACGCCCGAGGUGUGGUGGCGAGGUCCUGCAACCGAGGAGAAAAUACACAGCUUCGCCGGCAACGCGGUGGACACAUACAGGGGUCCUUCCUACCCUCCUGCUUCCAUCUACAUCCUGAGGCUGCGCUCCAAACAGCAGAACACCAGAGCUACAGUGUACCUCCAUGAAGGCCUGGGGCCCUCAGGCAUCUUCCCUCUGCUCCCGGCCGACCCGCGAGUUCACACGUUAGGUGUGGGCAUGACCAGUGUCACCCUCAGCUGGGCGCCCAGUGCCUCCAUAACGGACCUCCCACACACACAGAACAGCUACGACUACUGCGUCCUCGUCAACUCUCAGCAAAACUACCGCAGCCUUUGUGCUGCCCAGCAGAGCAUGAGGAAGGAGAGCGACCAGAAGCAAGAGAAGAAGGAGAAAAAGAGGAGAGUGACGGUGUGGCCCAUUUUGAAAGAGUGGUGGUGGCAGCAGUGGGACACUUUUCCUGAACCCCAGAGCUCUCCACCUUCCUCCCUCACUGAUGAGUUUGCUGAUCUUCAGUGUGCAUGUCAGGGGACGGAGAGCGUCUGCACCGUCUCCGAGCUCCUACCUGACACCCAGUAUUUCUUUGACGUCUUUGUGAUGGACAGGCUGAACGGGACCAGUGCGGCCUACAAGGGGACUUACGCUCGGACACACGAGGAGGCUCGACCCGCGAUCACCACGCUUCGAGAGGGAGAGCUGAGAUGGGUGACCUUCCACGACAGAAGCUCCAAAUCAGAGCAGUUCUUCAGUUUCCGUACUCGCGGUUGGCAGCAGAGCGGCCUCCUCACCUUGCAGAGCUGCGGUGGAGAUGAGAAGGUCAAGGUUACCGUGUCGAGUAAAGGUCAUGUUUUGACCUCACAAGCUGUGGGAGGGGACUUGGUGCACAUUUGGCUCCAGGGAAGUCCUUCAUAUCUCAUCCACUUGGAGCGAGAAGGUGCUACCGCUGGGCAGAUCCCUGCUGCUAGAGACCCAGCGCUGCCAGGAGGACUGAUGGCUUCAGUCAAAAUGCAGACGUCAUCAGCCUACCACCGCCGAGGGGUCCCAUCUCUGCCCUCCACCUUGCAGAUAAAGUCCUUCAACCGGUUGCGUGGUUGCAACAGCGUCACCCUGGCGUGGAUGGGCACAGAGGAGAGGAGCCUGUACUGUGUGUACCGCAGAAAGCUUGGAAACCGUGAAGCGGAGACCACAGCUCUAACUGCGCCCUGUCUGGGGCCGGAGUCGCGCUCUGACACCGAGAGGGUUCUCUGCAAGUAUUUCCAGGAGCUGAAUCCUCGACGGGCCGUCACUACAGCUGUGAUCGGGGGCCUGGAGCCAGGAAUGGCCUAUGUGUUUGAUGUCUAUCUAAUGAGACGCUGGGGGAUCCCUAUCAAGUACGCCAGCAAGAUGGUGAAGACUAGAAAGGAAUGCUGA